GACAUCAUCUUCAAACAGAUAAAAUAAAGACGCAAUUUAGAAAAUAGAAAAUAGAAUUUAGAAAGAAGAAGAAGAAGAGUUAUGAAAUAUUGGGGCGGCAUUAAGUUGGUUGUUUUGUUGGCAGCAGUACUACCGAUAUGCAUCUACGGCGUGUCGCCACCUAUACCGACCGAUAAGACGAAACUAAACAGCUGGUUUUCGGAGAAUGUGAAGCCGUUAGCCGGUCGUGAGGCGGAGCUGGACCCAAAGCUGGUGGCCGCAGAAAAGAACGCCAAAGUGGUAAAGGUAAUGGCGGACGGAAGUGGAGAUUUCAAGACCAUCACCGAAGCCAUCAACAGCGUUCCCAAAGGCAACACGAACCGAGUUGUGAUCUGGAUCGGAGGAGGAGUUUACAAAGAGAAGCUUCUUGUUGACAGAGCAAAGCCUUUUGUCACUCUCUAUGGAUCUCCUGCCAAUGUCCCCAAUUUGACAUUUGACGGCGUUGCCAAAAAGUACGGAACCGUCUACAGCGCAACGUUGAUUGUGGAGUCUGACUAUUUCACUGCUGCCAAUCUCAACAUCAUUAAUACGUCGCCAAGGCCGGAUGGAAAACCAGGACAACAGGCAUUGGCAGCCAGACUGAUGGGGGAUAAAGCGGCCGUUUACAAUUGCAAAUUCUAUGGGUUUCAAGAUACUCUCUGUGACGACGCUGGUUUGCAUCUCUUCAAGGAUUGCUACAUUCAAGGGACUAUCGAUUUCAUUUUUGGGAGAGGAACGUCUCUUUAUUUGAACAGUGAGCUAGAUGUGCUGGGAGAUGGGAAAUUGAAAGUGAUCACGGCACAUUCAAGAGAAGAAGAAUCAGACACCAGUGGAUAUUCAUUUGUGCAUUGCAGCAUUGUAGGAACUGGUGGCAGAAACACUUACUUGGGAAGAGCCUGGAAGCCGAGGUCCAAAACUAUCUUCUCUUACACCACCAUUGCUGACAUCCUUCAUCCCGAAGGCUGGCACGACAUGCGCCAUCAUGGCUUUGACGCCACUGUUUUUUUCGCAGAACACAAGUGUACGGGCCCGGGGGCAGAUCGAACUGGACGUGUGAAAUACGGCAAAGAAUUGACCGAUAAGGAAGUGAAGCCAUACCUCACCCUUGAUUUCAUUCAAAGUGACAAAUGGUUGCUUCCUCCUCCCACUGAUCCUAAGGCUCCCACUGAUCCUAAGGAUCCUAAGGCUGCCACUGAUCCUAAGGAUCCUAAGGCUCCCACUGAUCCUAAGGAUCCUAAGGCUCCCACUGAUCCUAAGGCUCCCACUGACCCUAAGGCUUAGAGAGAUCCACUUUAGUAAUGCCGCAGUGAUUGCAAGAAGUGGGGAAUUAAUUCAUUUACAUACCAGAUCAGAGAUAUAUAUAGCACUCGGCAAUCACCUAGCCUACUUUUUCUUCCACAUAUGGGCUACGUCGUCCUAAGCUUGUUAGCUACUUAUUAUCUUUUGAUGGCAUUUUCAUAAUUAUUGCAAGCCAAUCAAUUCUUAUUGUACCACAUAUAUUAUUAUUAUAAUUCACUACAUUUUUCCGAGAAUAACA